AUGGCUCUCCAAACGCCGUCAGCCGAUGCGAAAUCAAGGCCCUCUGUAUCUGACAGUAAUCCAACGUCCAAAAAAUUACCAUGUUUGGUAUACCAAGGUACGAAUGGGCCAGAACACAAUUGGCAAAAUAAUGCCAAGAAUACUUCGUCGCUCGAGAUCUCAACAGCGAAAAAGUUGACAAAUCACAGCACGAGAAAAACAGUUGUUCAAAAGCUGAAAUGUGCUGGACAACCACGCUAUAAGAUCAAGGAAAUUACCGGUCAUGCAUCAGAGGCAUCUCUAAAUGAUUACGACGUAAUCAGCGAGGAAGAACGCAGAGAACUGUCUCAUAUCAUCAGUGGUUACAGUGCGUCAGCUUCGCGAACAAGCUCCUAG